AUGAGGGACAGGAUCAGCAACCUACCGGACUCACUGCUUCUGCAUAUUCUCUCUUCUAAAUCUCUCCAAACCAAAGAUGUUGCUGCGACGAUGCUCUUGUCAAAGAUGUGGAAACCACUUUGGCUCUCCAUUCCUAAGCUUCAGUUUCACGAUAAAGGGUUUAAUAGUUAUGAAUCUUUCCUUCAAUUUAUAGACGGUACCCUCAACUUUGUUGAUCCCAAAUCUCUCAAAAUGUUUGCUCUCAAGUGUGACUAUUUUGAUGUGUCCCCUGAUAAGGUUGACAUUUGGAUUAACGCAGUGCUCAAGAGCAAACUUGAGUAUCUGAAUCUCUGUUUUGCACCUGGUUUUAAUUCUGAAGUUAGGUUGCCCUUACCCUCUACUAUUUUCAACAACAACGCCAUUAGGAUCCUAAAGCAUGCUUCUUUCUAA